UCGCCUCCCCUCGGGGGAAGCGACGCUGUUUGCCGCAAGCCCCAGAGAUGGGCUCCAAGGCUCAGAAGCUCGACGUUCUGGUGAAAAGAAAAAAGACACAGUCUUAUUAUGAAGUUUCAGGUCUGGCUCCAGUGGAAGAAGAGCAAGCUAGUGAUCCAGCAAAAUCUAAUCUAGCAUCCAAAGAUAAUAAGGCAAAGAUUAGAUAUGCUAAUACUCACAGGCUGGAGCCGUACAGUAGAGUUCAGGACUACUUAAUAAGAAACAAAGCUCAAGCAGUACUAACGAGUAAACUUCAACAAGACGAAUAUGAUGGAGCUUCUAGUCUCUCCUUGUGUGCUUUGAUCUCAGAAGAAAUAUUAAAGGCUGUGAAGGAAUUGAACUUUGAUCGCUAUAAAUAUGUGGUAUCAGUACUAAUUGUGGAAAAGGCAAAUCAGGCAAUGGAAGUUGCCAGCAGAUGGGUCUGGGAUGUUCAGAGAGACACUUGGGUUUCAGCUGAAUAUGAAACUAACACAUUUUUUGCACUGGCUUUGGUAGUGGCUUGUUAUUACGAGUAAUACUCUAAAAGCCACACCUGGUUUUGGUAUAUUAAAAAUUUCCAGAAUGUCAUUAUUUUAGCACUAAUUUUUGCCCUAAUGCUCUUAGUUUGUUGAAAUUGACAUACAGUUGAGAUAAUUUUGCUCAUUUUUCUGUGUUAAAAAAACCCACAACCCAACAAAUGAAAGAAAAAGUUUUGAAAUGCAUAUGAUUCCGUACAUAUGAGCUUCAGCUGCUGGAAUGCUCUGCUAUGGAAGUUGAAGCAGCUUGAUAGGAGACCAAACUUUGCCAGAUUUUUAAUGUUGCUUGUCUGUUGCAUGCCUAGGGUUGAUAAUGAAAGUUUACAAUAAAUGGCAGGUAUCACUA